AUGCAGACACGUGCUUUUCUGAAGGCAUCCAGGUUCUUUGCUAGAAGCAAACCAUUAAGAUUCGAGAACUUAAAGGCCAUUACACUUAGACCUCCAAUCGUUCCCACACACCAGAACUUUGAUGUUAACCCUAACCAUCCAUUAUGGCAAUUCUUUGCUGGAGGUCAUGAAAGUGAAUCGUGUUUCCGUCAGUCAGCUGAAUUGGAUAGCGACAGCAGAGCAUGGACCAUGGCGGAAUUGCGGAUGAAAUCGUUUGAUGAUUUGCACAAGUUGUGGUAUGUGAUCUUAAAAGAAAGGAACAGUUUGGGAAGAGAAAUCAAAUUGGGACAAACGGAGUUUGCUGAGACUCAAGCUCAUCAAGAAAUUGAUCAACUCUUAGCAUUAAACCAUAAAAGAAUAAAGCAAGUUCUUUUGGAAAGACAAGUGGCUUAUGAAAGAGUUCAAACCUUAAAAGAUACAAAGCAAGCGCAAUAUUUAUCCCAAUUUGAACAUGAAUAUCUUGAAGCAGAAGAUAUUGCCAAUAGUGAUGAGAAACUUGUAAGAUUGCAAUUUGCUCUCUUUGGCAUUCAACCCUCAUUGCUAGAUUAUGAUUUAGACACUGACAUCACCGAAAGAUUUGUUGCUGGAUUAGAAUAUGUUUCCAACCUUAAAUUAAAGAGAUACUUGAAGGAGAAUCCGGAAAAGGCUCAAACCAUCACAUUACCCUUGAAUGGUCCAGUGGAACAAUUGCCAUUCCUUUUGCGUGAAGUUGAAGAAGCCGUUACUGAACUCAUCUCCUUAAGAGAAACAGGUGAAUCAUUUGCACUUGAUAAGAUUGAUGUUUUACCUUUCUUAUCUAAUGUUCUUGAACAAGAAUUAGCCAAGAUCAACUCCACAACAGUUGAGGAGCAAGAACAGGAUCACAUUGUCUGA